CCACAGUCUAGAGCGCCUAGCAUUUCACCACGUACUACGAAUCUAGCUAGCUCCUCGAUCGCUCCUCUCAUGGCGUCCAGCUCGAGCGCGUUGAGGAUGCCCGCGGCGGUGUGCGCCGUGCUCGUCCUGCUGCUGCUGUCCGCCGUCUCGCGCUGCGAGGCCGACCUCCUGCAGGUAACGGUGGCCGGCGGCCGGAGAAUGCUGGCCGGUGGGAGCAAUGCCGCCGCCGCCUUCUCGCGGCCGACGGAGACGACUGCCGGGAGUAGCUCGUGGCGGGCAGCAGAUGGGAGGGCGACGGCGGCGAUGCCGUACUCUGAGUCGAAGAGGUCCAGCCCCGGCGGCCCGGACCCUCAGCACCACUAA